GAGGAAUGGACGAGCCCUCUCCUCUAUUUGAUCUAUCUCUCUCCCUCACCUCGUUUCUAGAAGUGACGAAGAACACAAAGAAGGCCAUCACCGGCGGCGAUGGGAGGCAUGUGCUGCCGGCAAUGACGACGACGACGCCCUUGAAGUUUAAGCCGAGAGGGGCCUCUCGAUCUGUUCAACCCCAAUCUCGAUUUGACCUUCCUCGCCAAAACGACGACGACGAGGGGUGAAUCUUACCCUCUGUGGAGGAGAACGGUGUUGCCAGCGAUGGGAGUUUACCACGUCGACGAUGAUGAUCGAUAGCCAGACAAGAAAAGAACGAGGAGAUCUAGGGGAACGAAAAGGGGUCGCUGAUGAUGGAGGGUCAUGGAAAUGGACGGAUCUAGGCUGCUGAUCUGGGCUUCCUUGUGAUGGGCCAAGUUUGGAUACAAAUAAAAACUUAGCCCAUUGUAUUAGGGAUUGUUGAGUAGUGUAUGCAAAUCCAAAUUUUGUAGUGUCGUUAAACGUUUGUAAUAGACUUCAAAUUUGUGAAC